AAGUGUGCAUCAGGCUAAUUAUAGGUGAAGGUAUACACAGAAAGAGAACUAGUCAGAUCUUGAAAAUAAAUUAAAUAUCAUAAUAACAGCUGGUCUGAAAAAAAUAUAUCUUCUUGUGCUUAGUACAUUUUUCUAUCCCCAUAGUCCCAAGGACGGAUAAUCUCACUCCUAGAAACCCUAAUAGCAAGUCCCAGAUCACGAUUAAUAUGCUAACUAGCUACGACUAAAACGCGAUGUGAGCUUGUGGUUGUGGCACCUAGCUAGAUUUUCUUUUCGAUCAUAUGCACGGAGAUUAGAGCGGCGAAGUGAACUAUGUCUUCUCUGACAAAAAUCUCAAACCCUACUGAAGAAACUUCCCCUUACCUCGAUGUUUCCCUCGAAGAUUUGGAUGACUUGUGGCCACUCCUUGAUGAUCAGGAGAACCUAGUCGCCACACAACCGGAAUCCAGCAAUAUCGAAACUUACCAAAAUGAUGGAAGUUUUUUGCUGAGUCCCCAUCAUCAAACUGCUAACGCAGACGUCAAUAACAACUCAUGUUUGCUUCCAAGAGAACAUGGCAGCACUCCAGUUCCGACGAUGAACAAUGACCCAAUAGUCGGGCAGCAGCUAGAGGGACAAGAACAAGAUACAGUUCCAUUAACCGGGUCAGGCAUCAUGGCUCAAGGGCUUCUUUACAUCAACACACCAGUGGAAGAUGCACUGUGCAAUGAAGAAAAUGCGGCAUUUGCGAAAAUAUCUCAUGCUGAUCAAAAGGGGAAAGGGAAAGCUGUGGGUGGAAUACAAAUAGAUAGCCCUGAGAGUGCAGAGACGGGGCACCGAUUAAGUCGGAGAACAAGAACAGGAAGGAAGGCAGCCGAUAAGCAGCAUCAACUACAAACAGAUGGCAAAGACGGCUCAACGGUAGAUAAGAAACAAGACCACAACGCGAAGGAAAGAGUGAGGAGGAUGAAGCUCAAUGCCUCAUACUUGGCUCUCGGUGCAUUACUCCCUCAGUCUCGAAGAUCUAAGAAGAGGUGGAGUGCACCGAUGGUCGUUGACAAGAUGGUGGAAUACAUACCCGAGCUGAAGAGAGAGAUCGAAGAAUUAACCUCGGAGAAGGAAAAGAUGUUAGACCAGAAAAGAGAAGUUGUCGACAACAGAAUCUGCCGCACAUCAGAGACAACUUCUGAUAGUACUGACCAGUUAGAGUGUUGCCCUAUUACUGUCUCCGUGCAUGAAGUCAAGAGUGGAGAACUGAUCAUUCAAAUAUGCACGAAGAAGAAGAAGAAUAGGAAGGAAGGUGAGGAAGAUAAUAGUGUGUUUUCUUCGAUGAUGUCGAACUUUGAAGCCAAAGGGCUAUCAAUCUCGAGCGCUUCCACACUUAACGUUGGAGGGGAUCGGAUCUGCUACCACUUGCACGUCCAGAUGAAUGGAAGUUCAGACGGACCUGACUAUACUGCAAUUUUGAAAGAGAACGUAGUUUCUUGGUUAACCGGCCCAAGCUCGUCCUGAGAUUCCAUACAAUACAUAAAUCACAUAAAGGAGCAGCACACACACACAUAUAUGUACAACCUGUAUAUUUAUAUAUAUAUAUAUAUAUAGAGAGAGAGAGAGAGAGUCAGAGGAUAUAUAACUAAGAGGGUUUAUCUCUUAACAUAAUCAAUCCAACCUUCCUUAUUCGAUC